UGUGUGGUACAAUUUUCAUUUUGUCAGCCAUAUUGUUUUAAAACCAUUGUAAAUGAAAAAUUUAUAUUUUGUAAUUCGAAAUCAUGAAAGAAAUGUUAACAAAUCAAACUGGUUCAGGAUAUAAUAAUUCUUUCAUUAAUAAUAAUAAUAAUAAUGGAGAUUCCAAUAAUACAACUGAUAAUACAAGGAGAUAUGCUGUUCUUAGUACAGAUUGGAUAUCUUCAAUUGGAGAAGAACUUGGAAUGUAUCCCUUGCCAGAUUCUUUAUUAAAAAGACUUGCAGAAGAUGCCUCAUAUCGACUUAGAGAAGUUUUAUAUAAAUGCGUAACAAGAUUGAAACAUAGUAAAAGAAAACGUUUAACAUCUACUGAUGUAAAUGCUGUAAUUACUAAUUUAUGUGAUGUAGAUCCAAUAUUAGGUGCACCAGAAUCUAUGCCAGAAUAUCAUACUGAAGCAAAAGUUUUUGUUCCUAAUGAACGUAUUGUUAAUUUAGUACAAAAAGUAAAUGAUCCAUUUAAUAUAUCACAGAACAAUGUACCUUUUAUUCAAGAAUCUGAAAUAUGUGAUAUAAGACUUACAGAAACACGAAAUAAUUAUGCAAAACGUGCAUUAAAAACAUUAUUCAAUGGAUCUCAAAAAACAUUUCAGGUUUUAAUUAAUGAUUGUUCCACUAAUGCUUAUUUGAGUGGAGAAGGUGUAGUAGACAAAUUAAUGUCUAUUGCUAGAUUUAUAAUAAUUUCAAAUAAUGUACAAUACACAAGAGUAUCCACAAGGACAUGUCAACUUAUUAUUGCAAUUGCAAGCAAUGCUGAAGCUAUUUAUCCAUAUCAUUUAACUUCGGUCAACAAAUUAACUGAAUUGCUAUUGGAAUUACUUUUAGGGCAGAAUUUUAUAAAUCCAAAUCUUGAAGCACUUUUAAAAACAUGCAUAUUAAAAUUAAUGCUUCGAUGGCCUUCUACUGCUGAUAAAUACAUCCCCACACUGGAGAAUGUGCUUUUAAAAGAAGAAAAAGAAAAUAUAGAUAGUAGUAAGAAAAGAAUAAUAGCUAUGGAACUACUGGCUAGUGUUCAACCUUUAAUACUUUUUCAACAAGAAUUACAAUCUCCACUUUCAGUGCAUUCUGUUUUAAAAUUUGCCUUACCUAGUUCUAUUUUAUGGCAAAAAAUAGCUCUUACUAUUUGUGCUCUUUUAAAAUCACAAGCUCACACUAUAGACAUUGAAGUUUUCAUGGAACAUUAUGGAGAUUCUUUAUUACCAUAUUUACCAUUUCAAUAUAAGAGUACAAUAAAUGAAAAUAACAAGCCUGCUUCUCUUCCUAUUACUAUCAAAAGUAAGAUAAAAUAUGUUAAUGUUAGGCCAGUAAUAAGUAAUCGACUAUUAUGGGAUCGACAAACAGCAUUUCCUGAUUCUACAUUGCGAGGUCCACGUCGAGAAAUAAGAUUUGCAUUCGCUGGUGGACGACCGGUACCUCCGAGUAAUUUAAGACGUGUUAGUUUAAGAGCAAAUUAUCAAAUUUUAAGAAGCGAAUUACAAGCAACACUUGCUCUUGUAGCUUCACGAAGAUUAUUAGUACUUAAAGAAAAAAAAAGGCCUUUUAAUACUUACAACUUAUUGUAUAGUUAUUUAUAAAUUUAAACAUGGAUA